AAAGCCGUAUCUACACUUCCGGUGUCAUGUCUGCACACACGUGCAGUUCAUGGUAUAUUAGACGAUAGAGGUUUAUUUGAUUAUUUGUGUUUACCAAUUAUUAGUGCCAUAAUGGUUGGCUUGUUCAGUGUUUCUAAUCAUAGAUUUUGUUUAUUUAUAGCGGUAAUUACCGGUAAAUUAUAACAUAACUGGCUACCGCGGUAGAAGAAAGUAGUUUUGGAUUUUCCUGGUAACUAAAACAAUGUCACAAACAGCAGAGGAAAAGAGCCGCGGACUGAAAUUUGCUGAGCAACAGCUUCUCCGUCACGGCUGGGAGCAAGGUAAAGGUCUAGGAAGGGCUGAGAACGGCAUCUCUGAAGCAAUCAGAGUUAAAGUGAAAUGUGACAGAGGAGGGAUUGGCCAUAAAGAAGGUGAGCAGUUCACAUUUCACUGGUGGGAUCAUGUGUUUAACAAGGCAUCUGCAAGUUUGGCUGUGGAGUCAGACCAGAAUGAGGUGGUGGUGAAGAAAAUGGAGGAAGAAGAAGAUGGAAUGAUUUCUAACAAGAAGCCACGAAAGGCCAUGAUGAACAAGUCUAUGCUCUAUGGAUGCUUUGUCAAGUCUGCUACUCUCCUCUCAGGGCAGGAACAGCCUGAACAAACCUCAUCUGACUCGGAGGACAGUAGCUCUGACGACGAAGAGAAGCUAGAUCUUUCCAGCACCAAGAAUUUAUCUGAUGCCGAACUGAUGAAAGCAUGUGGAGGACGCACUGCACAUAAAGGUGCCAGACAUGGUCUUACGAUGAGUGCCAAACUAGCCAGACUGGAGCAACAAGAGCAGGAAUUCAUGGCAAAAUAUGGCAAGAAUAAGCAGAGGGACAAAACCAUAUCUCUGAGUGAAGCGGCACCCGCUGAGCUUAGUUCUGCAUUAGACCAGGGGAGGACAGAGAAGACCGAACAGAAGAAAGCCAAGAAAAAGAAGCAGCAUUCAGAUGAGCCCAAAGAGAAUGGUGUCCAAGACAAUACUGCGGCUUCAUGGGCGCACAAUGAGGAGAUAUCAAAAAAGCGAAAGAAACGCUCAAAAGACAAAGCAGAUUUAGAAUCGGAAGAUAUAACUGAUAUUUUUGUGGACACUGACACAAAGAAAAAGAAAAAAAAGUCUAAACUGUUUUUGGAAGAGGAAAGUACAGAGAUAGUGCAGGAAGGCGAAGUGGCAGAGACUGCUGAACAUCAGCAGACAGAUGAAAGCAUCUCCAAGAAGAAGAAGAGGAAAAAGAAGAAACACUCUGUAAAGAGCAGUGCUCUGGAGGAAGGACGGAGUAAGAACAUUGUGCUGGCCAAUGAAGAGUCUGAAGAAACUACAGAGAGUCAUGAACAUGAGCAACAGGAAGAGGGCACUGCUGCACUUCACUCAACACCUGAUGUCUACAAGAAGAAGAAAAAGAAGUCCUCCAAGGCCAGUAAAGUCAAGUAACCAGCUACAGAAAUGGCAGCUGCUAUAGUUUAGACACCAGCACAGCAGAGAUUGUAGAAACAGUGGAUGUAGAAAAGGAACCAUCACAAUCCAAAAAAGGAAAAGCAGAGAAGAGGAACUGGAGGCAGAGACUGAGAAUAGGUCAAUAGAUAAACCAACUGAAAAGAAGAUGAAAAAGAAUCAUGCAGAGUGAUGCCAUGUUGAACUUGGAGGCUGAAAGAUACAGUACUGACUUUCUUAAAUGCUGAUAAAUGACUAGAAACACAACAUAAUAUUUAUGGUCUGAAUAUGAAUGACACCUCAUGAUCUUUUGUUAGAGGAUCUAGCCUUGGUGUUAUUUGUACUGAACUAUGAGUCAUAUAUUUUUUUUUUAAUUAUAAUCUUUUUUUUUUUAUUUGACCCUCCUGUCCUACAAUAGUGCAUUUCACCAUGGUUCAUUCACAUGAUUUCCUCUCAGAUCCAUGAACUUGCUCAAUGACUUAUCCUGUGCCUCCUUUUAAUUAUACAGUGUACUGAAUUGCUAAUUGUUAAUUCAGUACAAUUUUAGACUUGUUAAAAUAGACUUUAUUCAAAUGUAUUACGUAUAUAAUACCCAUCUUAAGGUAUAAGUAUCUUGUACCAGCAUGACCGAAUGGUUUGUUUUUGUGGCAUACAAUCAAACUGUAAACAAAGCAAACAUAACCAUAACACCGAUUUUUAACCUUUUAGAGCCUUGGGUCUGGUUGUAGACUGGAAUGGACCCUGUGAAGUGCUUAUUAAUGAUGAUUACCUUAAACCAGUAGUAUAUCUUUAAAAUCUUUACAGAAUAAAUAGUACGAAAAUAAAUAUAAAUACUAAUAGUUCCUGUUAAUUUUUAUACAAUUGGAAACUUAGACACACCAGAAUUGUUUUUAUCCAUCUACCAACAAUCAUUGUGUGUAUUCAGCAAAAAAAAUAACCACCAAAAUUUAUAAUUUAAGUUUUGUUGAAUUUUAGUAAGUAAAUUAGUAAAUUUCAAGAAUUUUCACAUCAAAGAUAUUUAUACAGUAAGUUGAGUUACCUCAAUCUGUGCAAUCUGCCCUUUCAUGCAUGGGCCUACUUUAUCAGAGCGAAGAAUUCAUUAUUUGUUAGAAGUAGACAGGAAAUGUAAAAGUGGCUGCCUGCUUUCUAACUUCUGGCUACAAAACUGCCACUGAAAUUUUUUUUUUUUUCCAUGUUUGUUCAUCUUAAACCCUUUGUUGUGAGAGUAUCACUACUGUUAUAAAUGAAUUCACAUAAUAGUCUUGUUUUUUUGGUCACCUGCCAAUUCUCAUCCACCAGUCAGCUCUCCCCUACUAUGCAAUAGCUACUAGUCAGGGAGGGUGAAGGCUAGCACGUGCUUACUGUCAUACUGCUUAGUGAGUCUAUUCCAGUACCCAUGAUCUAUACUCAGCAAAAAAAAUAACCGUUCUCUCACAUUCAACAUACAUAUUUAGCAUACUUAUUGUUCGUGCUUCUGACCGGGACACAUUUGCUGCUGAAGAUGAUUGAAUGAAUUAAGGAUUUCAGCUUGAUUCUGAUACUCAAGCUAACAUUUAAGGAAUAGUAAAAAAAAACUACAGUUUCAAAAAUUAACUACCCCAAAGUUGUUUUUGGAUAAAAUAAUUGGAACAGAAACGUGUAAUAAAAUAUUGUUUUAAUCACAUUUCCAUGAUAUCAGCGUUAAGAUGUGCAUUUCAUAAAACAUGCAGUGAACAGUACUGUUCCACAUGUUGUUGGCAGUAAUGAAAGAAAUAGAGCUUCCCUAAAUGUCCUAAAUGUUAAUUUAACCCCCGAGAUUUACAGAUGUUUAUCAAAUCUUUUGAAAUAAAAACAUACUGGUUUUUGUGAGUA